AGAUUUCUAGGAGAGCUGAAAAAGAAAGUGACCAACAAGGCACACGUUGAGGCUUCAAUUUGUCAAGCGUAUCUUCAACAAGAAAUCUCAACGUUCUCGUCUUUUUACUUCGAGCGUGACGUCAUCACCAGAAGGAAGAGACCUGCCCGGAACGAUGACAUUGGCGAGGAUUUAUAUGAAAAUGUAGUUUCCAUCUUCAAUUACCCAGGCAGAGGUAAAGGUGCUGCGACACAACGAUACAUCCUGGGUGGGGAAUUGCAAAUUGCGCAUACUUAUAUCCUCAUGAAUUGUCCAGAUAUCUCACCGUUUUAUCAUGAAUUCCGAGCUUCUUUAUCAGCCUUUCCUGAGAAUGAAAUUGAUGCGUUGGUGGACUCUGAUUUUGUAAAUUGGUACAAGUAUAUAUAUACACACACUAUUUAUAUAUAUUACCUAAUGUUUACCUAAUGUUAUUAUUAUGUUUAUAUUUACAGAUCAAUAGUCGUGGGAUUGUCGACCCUUUGUUAGUAUCAUUAGCGUGGGGCCCAGGUGCCAGUGCCAAAGUGUGGCGGCAAUAUGUGAUAAACGGUUACACAUAUCACACAGCCGAUUACGGAGAGGGCCGACCAACAACGAACAGCGGGUUAUGUGUCCCGACCAUCGGUUAUGAUAACUCGGAAACCAAUUUUUUUGGUGUCCUGCAGGAGAUUCUGGAACUUGAGAUGCCUUCUGGUGCGAAAAAAUUCACAUGCGUUCUGUUCCGUUGCACAUGGGUCGACCCCACACGUGGCGUGCGCAAAAAUCCGAAGUAUAAUAUGAUUGACGUCAACCUCUCUCGUGUGUACCCGAAAAAUGAGCCUUUCAUACUCGCCCAACAAGCAGCGCAGAUUUAUUAUGCAGAAUAUCCUUCAACAAGGCGGACACAGAAUCCUUGGGUGUGUGCAUGUCCUGUCCGUC